AACCGGCCUUUGGUCGCGGGCUUUUGUAGGUAAACGGCGCGGUGUCUAGCUAGCUAGCUGCAAGCGUAGACCUACAAUUUUUCAGAUUAACGCGCCAGGCAUACAUGUAGGUCUUGCAGGAAAUCGAACAUCUGGGGAGUGUUCGUACUCGUAAACCUUCGUUCAACUCAAGUCUGUUGAUCUCGGUCAGGUGUACUUCCACCUUGUGUGACAAAAAAAGGUGGCUGUGUUCCAAAGACAGCCGCUGUUUUCUCAAGGAGUUAAAGCCACGUACGUGUGGCAAACAGACUGUAGGUGCAGCUCUGGUGUCACUCUGUGACUGUCCGCAUUGCCGUCGUGGCCUUUUAGAAUGAGCCGUCGGCGGGACCCUACGCUAAUAGACGAGGGGGUUUAUGUUGGCUGGAAACCAGGACGGUUGAGCUUUUGCGAGGUUUGACUUGACUUUAAUGUCAGUACUAGCACCGUUGCCAUCCCCCUGUCGCCGGGAGCCGUUGAGGACCAGCUCUUCGGGCAGAACAAUUGACGUCUCCCCUACCCCCGUGCUAUUUGCAAGUGGAGCUCUUGCUACAAGCCAAGAACUCACCCGGGCAGGAUUAACCGGUGCCCUGACACCGACUUCUCAAAGUUGCUGUUAUCUGAUUCCCCCAUAACUCAUAAACACUGUCUUGGGGAGACACAUUCAAAGGAUUUUUGGUGGCAUUUGGACUUGGGAAGUGAUUUUCAAAUCUCUUGGCGGCUUCUGCCCAGACAGAAACAACAUAUUUUCACCAACGGGAAUAGUCUCCAAACGGCCAUGACCGAGGUACGGGAACGGGAAGGUAGGAGGGGAGAAUACUCCUUGGAGCCCAAGAAGAAUGGCGGGACAGAGGCCCUGGAGAAGAAGGCACCACUCGACGGUGAUGGAGUGUCGGUGGGAGACGGGAAGGGAGUCAAGCUGAAGAGACAGGUGGGCCUGAUCAGUGGUAUAGCAUUGAUUGUUGGUACCAUGAUUGGAUCCGGCAUCUUCGUGUCACCAAAGGGAGUCCUGACUCAGACGGACAGUGUAGGAAUGAGUCUAGUUGUGUGGUUGCUGUGCGGCAUACUCGCCACUAUGGGGGCGCUGUGUUACGCAGAGCUAGGCACGGUGGUCCCCAAAUCGGGGGCAGAGUACGCCUACCUGUGGACUCUGGGGCCCGUCCCCGCUUAUCUCUUUGCCUGGACGUCCACCAUCGUCAUCAAACCCUCCAGUUUGUCCAUCAUUGCACUCGCCUUUGGGGCCUACGUGGCUGAACCCUUUUUCAGCGGCGAAUGUGGCCCACCGCAAAUAGCCAUCAAAAUGUUUGCGGCCCUGGCCAUACUGUUGAUCGUGUUCAUCAACUGCGCAAGCGUCAAGUGGGCCACGUCGGUACAGAAUUUCUUCACUGCUGCCAAGAUCCUUGCAUUGAUCAUCAUCAUUGUAGUGGGCUUCGUCAAGCUUAUCCAAGGCGAGGUGAGGUAUUUAUCACCGUCGGUGUCGUUCACUGGGUCUUCCACCAAUGUCUUUGCCUACGGAAUCGCAUUUUACCAGGGACUGUGGGCUUACGACGGAUGGAACCAGCUAAACUACAUCACCGAGGAGCUGGUGAAGCCAUAUAGGAAUUUGCCGUUGGCUAUCAUCAUCGGUAUCCCGCUGGUGACCAUAUUGUACCUGCUCGUCAACAUCGCCUACUUCACCGUCAUGUCCCCAGAGGAAUUGCUGCAGUCUGGUGCCGUGGCUGUGACCUUCGCCAACCGCACCCUGGGCGUCAUGUCGUGGCUCAUGCCCGUGGCUGUGGCUUGCUCCACGUUUGGGGCUGCCAACGGCACCUGUUUCACGGCGGGAAGGUUGACAUUCGUGGCUGCCCGUGAAGGUCACAUGGUGGAGAUCCUCUCCAUGGUUCACGUCAAGAGGUACACCCCCUUCCCAGCUCUGGCUUUCCAGUCGUUCAUCGCUCUCUUGAUGUUGCUGCCCGGCGACUUUGAGACCCUGGUGAAUUACUUCAGCUUUGCUGCCUGGCUGUUCUAUGGCGGCACGGUGGCGGCAUUGCUGGUGCUGCGGUAUCGACAUCCAGAGUGGCACCGUCCCAUCAAGGUUCCCAUUGUGAUUCCCAUCAUCGUCCUGAUUGCUUCGGUGUAUCUAGUCAUUGCACCCAUCAUUGAUGAGCCCGCCCUGGAGUACCUCUUCGCGUUCCUCUUCAUCUUGGCUGGCCUCAUCUUCUACGUCCCGUUUGUCCACUACAAAUACGAGCUCCCUUUCAUGAAGCACAUCACUGUAUUUUUUCAGCUGCUAUUGGAGGUUGCACCAACCAGCUACUUCGAGACCGAAGAACUCCAGAAUGCAUAAGCGCUACAACGUCUCGAGCACCUCACUUACCUUGUGCUUCCCUUUGGAAGCGCUUCGCAGUUGGAUGGCGUUGGUCAGCCGGAGUCACAUGACCAGCAGCUGCUGUUUGGAUUGGCUGAAUGCUACACAUUUCAGAGUGGCAUACAGGAUAUAGUCAGUUACAAUUAUAAACGUUUUCAACUCUUCAUCUUGCUAUUGUUAUGAAAGCCAAAUAUCACUUGUAAAGUACCCCCCCCCAAAUGCAGUUGAACCUUAUAUUUUGUUCAGUAUCCGAAUUCGUCAAAUUCUUUAUCUUUGAUUUCUGUGAGCAGUAUUCCUGCUUUAAAGGGUAGUGAUAGUUAGUUGAUAUUAAAAAUCAGUCAGAAGAGAGAUAAUCCUUGCCAGAAAUAAUUCUGAGUAAAUUCAACAGAUGAGAGUACAGGGGAAAAGAGCUCAGCUGAUUAAAACUCUACGACAGUAAUUGACAGUAUUCUCAGGUUCAACUCAGUGGUUAGUCACAAGUUAGAUGAGUACGUACUGGACUGUGCACCUAAAAUCUGUCCCAAUUCCAUUCUUCAGAAUUGAAGUGUUGUUUCCAAAACAACACAAUCUUAUUCAAAUGUAAGCAACUCGUAUUAUUAUUGCUCGUACUGAUGAGGGCUGAAGCAAAUGAUAGCGAAGAUGGGAUGUUAUAUUGAUACUUGUACCAGAAGAGAGUUCAAAUUUGAGCCUGAAUGAGGUCAAACCAGUAUAUCAAGUUUUCAAGUUCUCAAGCAUGUAAUGAUUGUAGGUUGUUCUGAGCGUUCAUUUUUGUGUAAAUACAUUUCAGUGGAAGAGAAACCCGUUUUGUAGAUUUUCCCCACAAUGCAAGUGCACUACAUCAGGGUUUGCAAUGUUUGGACGAUUGUUUACUUCCAGUAACAUUUUAACCUCUGUUUUGGGGGAGGGGGUUGAACUCCUCCCCCCUCGUUAGUCUGGUAUGAUAUUUGGGCCGAGUUGCCCUUUCCGAUCAAUUGGGUGUUCAAGAAAUCUCGGCCAGUGAAAUCAUCGAAUGCAUUUAAAAGUGAAAAUUUGUAGAGACUAAGUGUCAAAAACUAGAACAUCUUUUAAACACUGUAUAUAUGUCGACCCCUUAUAAUUUACUAAGGCAUUAUAUCUAGUCUCAGAGUUUUCUGUUUAUUUUUAGGGGUUCGAGUAUUGUUUGAAAUCGGAUUUUUUUUUUACUAAAGCUUAGACUUAAAACGUGUCAUAGUAUAGUCAGUCUGUCCUUGUUCAAGGUGUGCAUUCGGACAUGGACAAACUUAUAUUCUUUGGUACGACGCCAUUUUGAAGCUACCUGUGGUACAUGCAUGAACUUGUGCCGAUUGAUAAUUCUUAUCGGAAGCUUUUUUUGUCCUAUCAAUUCAUGUACUCAUUUGUGGACAUUUCGUGUUUAAAUGGACGGUGGUAUCACAAAAAAACGCCGAUUCCUGUGGCUGCAUGCAGGCAACCUCUCUCUACCAAAACUACGGGGUCCCCGCAUGCCAAUCUGAGGAGAAUACACAGACAGGCGUCCGUACGUUAAAAUCGAGGUGUGUAGAGAGCCGACCACGAAGGCAUUGGCCGUCUGUCCACAGCCUUCCAAGGAGCGAAGAACCUGGAGAAACUCCAGUACCCCCGCGAGGAAAAAACCUCCCUUCAAGUUGUAAAGAAAGCAGUGUUAACUUCGGCUCUUUGUUCGAGAGCCAGUGGUGUCAGAUGUCACUGCUGGCGUUAUUUGAGGUAGCCUGAUACCACGGACGUGUUGAAACAGGUGUUCCUUUUUCCUGUGACGAAUUGGCUAGACAGAGACGUAGGAGAUGUCUGCUGACAGCCAUCCUGUUUGCGUAGGACCUCUUGCCUUUUUAUAAGUAUAACCACUAAGGUGACACUACUAGAUUUUCCUCCGCAUCAAAGGCCGAGUUCGAUCCUCGACAACUUACCGGCCAGUAAUCGAUGUUGCCUGGUACGGAGGGUGUAGUUUGUGUACGGGUUUCUACCAGCAAAGAUUGACCACUGCUAGACACUCCAUCACUGAUGGGAUUAAUGAUUGAACAUUUGGAGCUCAGUUUUGGUUGAUACCCCGUGUAGGGCUUGUUCGCCAGAGGAGGACGUUUCUGACUUGAGACAUUCAUCCUGUCGGUUUCACAGUGCCAGAAAUGAAAUGACAUUUCCGGAGUAUUCGAUUAUGCCAAGCCACCCCCCCCCAAAGAAUGAUUGAACUGGUCUUGGAACUCGAGUGACGUCUCAGCAUGGAGGAAUAAUCGGGGUUUUGGAACCUUCUUGUGACCACAUAUUGGUCAUUGUUGUGUCGCGUGUUCGGCAACUGGGGUGAAAUUAGCCAGAAAGCCGACACCUCUGACAUCCCACAGCCGCUAUCUUGACACUAGUCCCCACGGUGGCAAACAGGUGGCAAGUUCCCACACAUGAUUAAUUGAAGGGUGGAAGAGAAAGCCUCGGGUCGCGUCUGCAGUUUUGUGAAAAGCAGUGACACAGUUCUUACGGAGUUUGUUGCUUUGUGAGACAUUGCAUGCGAAAAACACAUUUAUCACGACCACGAGUGCCGUGCAAGGGUUGGGGAAGACUUUUUGCAAAGUCCGGCAUGGAUUUCUCCACAAAUGGUUUAUUUGUAUUUGGGGCUUGUGAAGUUAAAAGAGAAGGGAAGUCCUUUGAGUUUGAAAUCAUCCUUUUUUCUUCGUUUUAAACAAAUCUAUAUUUUUGUCUGCAUCUUCCCCGUUCGUGUGUAUUUAAACACAAAAACGGGGAUUGGUUUGGCUUCCGUUUUGAUGUUUUGUUUUAAGUUGAAUUGCUGUUUUGAUUACAUUUCGAACAAUGCGUCUUGAGGAAAUUUUCAAAUUUGUAGUGUUGUAAAACUGAUCUGCAACUGAAAUUAUAUAAAUAUGUAUUUGAUUGGUGCGAAUUUCUUGCAUAAGAAAAUGCUAGUUUGCUGUGAUAAUGGACAAAACAGUAGGAAUGGUUUUAUUCUAAUCAUAUCUAGUUAAAAGUUAUUUGGACAGUUGCACAAUAAUGAUGAAAUUAUCUUCAAUUCUGCUUUUGCCGAAAGGAUUAUUUGUAAAAAUUUGUUUGCUAUCCAGAAAUCGAUGAGCACCUGACGGCUGUAAUGCAAGUUUGACUAUCAAUGCACCUGAAAUGAAAAGAAUAUAAACCAUUUUGACGUAUUCAAAA